AUGGCUCUCCAGUACUUGAAUCUGUCAAACAACAAAUUGACAGGAUCAAUUCCAGAUGCCCUUUCACAAUUACCUUCAUUGACGGUUGUAGAUUUGUCGGGAAAUCAGCUCAGUGGUUCAAUUCCCUUUGGACUCCUCAAAAGAGUUCAAGAUGGCUCCCUCAAUCUUAGAUAUGACAACAAUCCAAACAUUUGCACAACUGACAAUUCAUGCCAGUCCGCACCUAAAAGGAACAACAAGCUGGCUAUCUAUAUUGCUGUCCCUUUAGUUGUGGUUGUGGUGAUGGUAUCAUUGGCUGUACUUCUGUUUUUCUUGGUAAGACAAAGUCAACAAGUAAAUGGUGGCCGUGGGGACAGUUCAUUGCAACUUGAGAACCGGCGGUUCACCUACAAACAACUUGAUACGAUAACAAGGGGAUUCAAGCGGAUUCUUGGUCGGGGAGGUUUCGGGAUUGUCUAUCAUGGAUUCCUGGAAGAUGAUACUCAGGUAGCAGUGAAAUUGCGGUCUCGUACUUCUAAGCAAAAUGUCAGCGUGUUCCUCGCAGAGGCUCAGAUUUUGACACAGACUCAUCAUAAGAAUCUUGUCUCUAUGAUUGGUUAUUGUAAGGAUGGAAAGGACAUGGCACUUGUAUACGAGUACAUGUCAGAAGGAACACUACAAGAGCAUAUUACAGGAAGAGACGACAAUGGAGAAGGUUUACUGGACUGGAGAAAGAGGCUUCAAAUUGCACUUGAAUCCGCCAAAGGGUUUGAGUAA